GCAGUUAUUAAAUCUAGUCCACGUGGCAGAGAUAAUAGAAAACAAAAACAUAUAGUUUUGGCAAAGUUAUGGUUGCAUCUAAGAAGGAACCGAGUACAAGAAGACAGAGUCAACGGCUAUUAAAGGCCAAGAAGAUUCUCGACGAUGACUCAAUUGCUGAUAUUGACAAGCCAAAAGACAGCGCUAUAUCUCCAAACACAGCCAAGGAAGACGACCAAGUAUCAGCAGAUCUCUGUGAGGCUGAGCCUGAGGGUCUUGUACUUGCUGCUGAGGGUGUGGGGAGCGAUGAUGAGGGGCCAGAGGAUGUGUCAUUGUCGGUGGGACGACAAGUAUCCAUGGAGACGAGGAGGAAGGAGAAAGACCAUGUCAAACGGAAAGACGACGCUGUUCGUGAAAAGCGAAGGAAAAAGCACGAGUUAUUCAAAAGCCAGAAGGUGUCCAAGACCAUUACCAAAUUCCCAGAGGAAGCUUUGGAGGAGCUAUCAUUGAAAUUAGCAGAGCAAAAAGCGUCUAAAACAGCCUCAAAAAGACUUAACAAAAAACUGAAACGUCGACAGAAGCUGCUAGAACCGUCAGCACCAGCCGAGGCACAGCAUGGAUCUAUAAAAGUGGUUGCUUUGGCUGAGCACAGUGGACCAGAGUUUGCAGGAGGGCCUCUCACAGAGGACUUCAGGAGGCAACAUUUCUAUGGGGACAGAUUGAAGAGAUUACCUAUUUUGAGUAUUCAAGCAAAGAAAUAUCGAAAUCUUCCAGCCAAAAACUUUGUCCAGUCGUCAGUUUCUAAAUGACAUGUAAUAUAGCUACGGUAGCUUAUAUAUUUUUGUUAACUGUCUUCUUAGAUCAUUAUACACCACCCUACUGCACUUUGCACUGUAUUUUAUACAUGAAUAAAUUAUACAAUCAUAAUUCUUUUCAUAUUGG